CAGGCGUGUCAUGUAGGGUGUGCGGUUGGCUGUGGCCUCGACUACUCCACCGUCAGCUAAAUACAACCCUUUGUUUUCGUCGCUCUCACUUCUCUUCUCUUCUCUUCUCUUCUAGUACGUGGUGUUUCUCCGCCUUUCGGCGCGGUUGCUCUCAUCUGGAGUUGCCGCCGUCGGCAUUCCCUAGCUCCACAAAGAAAGAAUGAGCGCCGACGUGAGCAGCGCGUCCACGGGGGUGCCGAAGUAUGCGACCGAGGCCACCAUAACAGACAAGGACGACUGGCCAUCGUCGCCGCCCCCGAACGCCAGGGGCGCCAGCGCCGACAAGGCACCAUCGCCGCCACCGCACGUCGCGCCAGCGGUCGACACGCUACACACCACCUCGCCCGAGCUCCUCAACCAGCCCAUCACGCUCGAGGCCUUCCGCGCCCUCGUCGGCAUCCCGCAGCAGCAGCAGCAGCAGCAGCAGCAUGCCACGGGCCCCUCCGGCACGCAGCUUCCGGCGCCGUCGACCAUCACGCGGCGCACGUGGCGGACCCUCCUACUCCGCGACGACCCGGCGACGGCGGAGCGGCCGACGUCCAUGUACUACAAGCUGCGGCGCGACGAGCGGCGGGCGCGGGCCAUGCAUGCGCUCGUCGACGCGGUGGUGUACGGGUCCAUGCUGCUGCAGAUGGCCUUCGCGGCCGCGCUCAUCGUGCUGGGCGCGCUCAACGGCGACUACCACGUGCCCGUCGCCGUCGUCGGCGCCAUGACGGGCAUCCUGGCGGGCGUCCUGUCGCUCGUCAAGGGCCAGGGCCUGCCGAACCGCUACGUCCGCUACGCGGGCGAGUGCAGGCGCGUGGCCGACGAGAUGGAGUUUAUGGAGAGGGGCCUCCGCGCCGGCGUCGGCCGCGUCACCUAUGCGGACGUGUUGGCGCUGCACCGCCUCUACGAGGCAGCCAUAGAGGACGGGGUGGCGAACCACCCGUCCGCGUGGGUGUCGUCCAUCGAUGCCGUGGGCAAGGGGGCCCCUGGUCCGGGGCGGAGGGAGGACGGCCUCGUGCUGGGCGCUCGUGUGCCGGGCUUGGUUUCUGCGCCGCAGGGUGCGAUGGGGGUCAAAAGCGGUUGAUCAAAUCGUGGGGGUGUGUAAACAUUAUCAGCUUUGCAGCGAAAGAUACAUUCAUAUAGGUACACGUGCAUCCCUAUGCUCCGCGAAUAUCCCACCCCUAGCCAUCACAACAAUA